AUGGGGGAAAGAAUGGGGUUACGAGGAAGAAAAAGGAAAAGGAGUGGGUUUGUGGAAUAUCCGAGGUCGGUUAACAGAAUGAAGAGUGGUGGGAGAAAUGGAUGGGCUGGUCAAAGUUCGGAGCUUUCUGGUUUCAAAGGGAGAGGGUUUAGUAGUAAUAGCAAACCCUACGGUUAUGAAGCAGUGGAUAGAGAUUACAUGAGGUUGCUUCAACCCGCCUUUGUAGAACCGGAAGAGGAAAUGGAUGCUGAUUUUGUACAGUUCAUGAGGGAUGUUGGCAGUUUGGAAGCGAGAAUGCCUCGUUCUUCUAGGAGAUGCAAGAUGGUGGGUGAAGGAAUUGUGGCUGGUGAGUAUACUGAUAAUGGUGGAGUGUCGAUGAACAAGAAGAAGAAGUGUUGUCGUGGGUUUCAUAAGUGGAAGAAGAAUACUCCUACUGGUUCCUCAGGGGAUUUCCUUGGUGAUGCUGUUGAAGAAUCUCUUGACGAGGAUAUUCUUGGUGAGUGUUCUGAUGGUGAGUAUGGAAUGUUCUUGGGGCAUGUGAAGGAGGAGGGGUGUUCGUACGUGGUCAGCAUUCCUACGGGCAAUAGGAAGCGGUCAUCUUUCUCCUACGAAGCUGUAGAUUUAGGUACAGGGAAGGGUUAUGCAAAGAGAGAAGGUAGGAAAGGUAAUGGUGGUGUAAACUGUUUAAAUGCUGGGAGAGGUGGAGUUUGCAGUCGGUCUAAGUUUCACUUGAAUAGGAAGAGCAGUCCAGUGGAGGGAAGUAAAAUCAUGAACGAGACCGCAGUUGGGUUAAGCUGUGGAAAGACUUUGAGAAAUAAUCAGGGGUUUCAGUGGAAGACUUCUGUUGCCAAUUCGUCUUUAGGCAAUGAAAAUGUUUUUGGUGAGUCCCUUGGUGAUGAUACUCCUUGUGUUAACAAUGUUACUGUUGACGAACCUUUGGCUGUUCCUGAUGUUAACAAUGUUACUGUUGAUGAACCUCUUGAUGGUGAAUAUGAAACGUUCCUGGAGCAUUUGACUGCUCAUGAGACUUCAUACAUGCUUAAUGUUACUGCGGGCGUUGGGAAGUCAAUAUCUUUCUUGUACGGAACCGAGGAUUGCAAUACAAGGGAGGGUUUUGCAAAGGGACAAGGUAGAGGAGGUAGUGGUGACUUGCAGCCCAAGAAGAGAAGAAGAGAUGAAGAUUGCAUUAACAAGACUAAGGUUGGUUCGAGAAGUGAAAUGGGGUUCAAGACAUGUCAGACUAACUUGUUGACUUCUGAUGCCAAUUCGUCUUCAGGGUUUAGGGAGAGUGAUGCUUACAAUUUCACUCUAUAUGAAUCUCUUGAUGGUGAAUACGAAAUGUUCUUGGAGCAUCUGACAGUGCACGAGAAUUCUUUCAUGCUUAAUGUUACCACUGGGAAUGGGAAGAAUAUAUCUUUCUUGUACGGAGCAACAGACGAGGAUUUACCGUGGAAGAAGAGAAGAAAUGAGGGAAGGCUGAUGGAACUUCCUAACUGUGAUGAUGCCUGUAGAACUGAGGAAGAGAGAGGCAUGGAAGCUUAUAGAGAUCUAAGCGAGCAAGGAAUGGAAACUCUGAAUCCAGAAAUUGCAGUUUGCACAGUUAACAAUGCGAGGUUGAUGCAACUUCCUAAGGGCGAUGAUGCCUUGAGAACCGAGAAAGAGACAGCCAUGGAAGCUUAUAGAGAUGUAAGCCCGCAAGGAAUGGAAACCCUGAUUGGACGGAAUGACACUGAAAGAAGUGAGGGUAUGAAUCUGCCCAUUCAUCGUGAUCAGUCUGCCGAUAAAGGGCCUGGAAUCGAAUAUCUUGAUUCAACUAAGCAACAGUGUGAAGAGGAGGUUGGUGGAUGUGAUGGUCAGGUGGAUAAAUGCUUGAAUUUGCAGAUGAAAAAUUUGAUUGCUGAUGAAGAUGCUAUCAAAGAAGAAGCAGAAGAAGUAGAUCCAACAAGUUCAUCUGACUCGGAUGAUAUUGUGAUUGUAAUCGAUCCUGCAUCAUUCUCUCAUGAUAAAAACACUCCAUUUAUGCCUACAGAGGAUCCUAAACUAUACGUCGUACAGUAUGACGACGAAGAAGACGACCCUGAUGUCACGAACGACCAUUCUGAGUUCAGAUCGAAGCUGAUGGAGAUUCUCAGACAGCCAUACUGUGAUGAGGAGUACGACAAACUGUGGGCAGAGGUAUCUCGACCAAGGCAGAAGCAAUUCGACGAAGACACGCCACGUUCAUCUCAAGACAAACACUCCCUUGGCAUGUCUUACCUCGAUCAACACAAAGACUUUACGAAGAAGAUUGCUGAGGUGCAGACUAGUCCAGAUCUCGAGCACUGUCGCCCUCGAAUGCUGAACCUCUUACGUGGGUUUGUGUACUUAAUGCAGAAUUUACCAGCUGUUGGAGCUUUUAAGCCGUGGGCAGACAAGUUGUGUUUGGAGGUGCUGCCAUCAUUAAGGUGUGAUGGCGAGGCUAACUAG